AUGUAUUUUGUGCACUUUUUACUCCAAAAUCUUCCGAUACUGAUUCCAUUUCUCCAAAUUUUAGGAAAUCAAAAAAGAGAUCCUCCUCAAAAACGACAGCUAGGUCGGUAUCCUCGGAUUCCAUUUACCAGUCACCAAAUCUCGAUUUUGGAAGAAAGGUUCCAACAGAACCCCUACUUGAGCAGUGAGCAGGCCACAAUUUUGUCCCAGAAACUUCAACUGGCGGACGUUAAAGUGAAAAUCUGGUUCCAAAACAGGAGAGCUAGGAAAAGACGAGAAGAAAUGGGGCAAAUAAAGAAAGAGAAAAAGAAGAUUGAUAUGUCGGAAAGUGUUAAUAAUGUGAUGAGUCAUCCACAGGACUUUGUAGCUAGUAGUCAUUUGGUGCCUUAUUUGUAUAUAACCCCUGGAUGUAGUGUGUUGGAUGUAAAUAAAUAG